UUGCCUAUGAGGGGAUAACCAUUGGCUGCAUGCAUGCAGCAAGUGUCUCCUUAAAAAGGGGAACCAAUACUGUUGAUCUACAAGGGGGACUAUUCGUAACAAAGGAGACAGUUGCUGCCUUUUAUAACUUUAUGCUGCGGACACAAGACGGUCUGCUGCUAGGGACAGUACGAUCAGCAGCAGCAGCAGCAGAUGCAGCAGAUGCAGCAGCAGAUGCAGCAGCAGCAGCAGCAGCAGCAGCAAAUACAAUAGUUAUAGGGGAGGAGACAGAUGGUGUCUCCCGUCUCCUUAUAGAGAUGACUGUUGAUGCUGUCUUUGAAUUAUAUGACCAAGGGGAGGCCCUAGGUAAAUGGGUACGGGGCCUUAUAGGGGCCCCCCAGCAGCAGCAGCAGCAGCAGCAGGAGGAGGAGGAGGAGGAGCCAGCAGCAGCAACAGCAGCAGCAGCAGGUGCUGUUCUUUUUGCUAGUGGAGAAGCAGCUGUCUCCUUGCAGAUAGGAGACCUAGAGGAACCAUUACUUAUAGAGGGACUACAGGUAGAUGGACCUGUCUCCUUUUCUCUGUCUCCUGCAGCAGGAGCAGCAGCAGCACCAGCAGCAUAUACUGCAGCAGCAGGAGGAGGAGGAGGAGGAGGUGGGGGAGCAGCAGUAGUAGGCCUUGAUCCUCAAUUAGAUAGUCUCUCUUUCUUAGGUGUAUCCAAGGAAGAAAAGGGACUAAAAUUUAUAGGGAGGGCCUCUUUUUUGUCUCCUUUGCCUAUUGAGGUGUCUCUUCCUCCUUUGCUGCUGCAUAUAUUAUUUAGAGACACAUUAGUUGCUGCAGCAGCAACGGAGACAGUCUUGCUGCAGCCUUAUCCAAUAAGGACACCUGUUGUCUUUGAUGGUUUGCUGCUGCAGCAGGAGACACCACAAGGUAUAAGGGAUCUAAGUAGCUUAGCAACAGCAGCAGCAAAAGGGAUGGUAAUAGGUGCAGCAGACAGCAGCAGCAGCAGCAGCAGCAGCAGCAGCAGCAGCAGUGGGAGGGAUGAUGGUGUUGAGGUGUCUAUAAGGGCAUCAUUUGCUGCUGGUGCUGCUGCUCCUCCUUGGCUAUCUAGUGUAUUUAAUGGUUUAUCUGUUGCUGCUGCUAUAAAGGGACAGCAGCUGCUGCCUCCUUCUCUUGUGCAUGCAAUAGUAAUAGGAGACACAGAGAUAGAUAUAAGGGAAGCAACAACAGCAGCAGAUAAUAUUGCUGUCUCUGCUGCUGUCUCCUUGCUGCUGCAGCCUUUCUUAGGAAAGGAGACACCUCUGUCUCUUGCUGCUAUCUCUCUUAGGGGACAGAUAAAGGAUGCAGCAACAGGAGCUAUAAUAGCGCAUGCAGCAACACCGCCAGCAGCAGCAACAGCAGCAGCAGCAGCAGCAGCAGCAGGGGGAGAAGGAGGAGAAGGAGGAGAAGGAGGAGAAGGAGGGGACUAUUUAAUGUUUGAUUCCCCUGUAGAAUUUAAGGAGACACCUGAGGGACUGCUGCUGCUGCAGCUACCAUUAGAUGUGCUGCUGCAGAUAGAGGAAGGAGACACUUUUUCUUCUUUUGCCGGGAGAGUAAUGAGGGGAGAAAAGGAGACAAUAAUAAUAAUAGAGGGAGUAGCAUCUUUGCUGCUGCAGUCUCCUAUUGGUUUAUUAAAUAUACAAGGUGUCUCCUUGCAGCAAAGUGUCUCCUUUAAUGGUCUUGCUGCUGCUGUUGAUGCCCUUAGUAAGGGACUACGUGUAUUGUCCUUCUCUCCUGCUGCUGUUGUUAUUAACGGAGACAACGGGAGAGACAGUAUCUCCUUUGCUGUUGAUCUAUUAUUAGGAGAUGCAGCAGCAGCAACAGCAGCAACAGCAGCAACAGCAGCAGAAGGGGACACAACAGAUCCAAUAACAACAGCAUUAGUACCAUCAUCACUAUCAACAACAGCAGCAACAACAGCACCAUCAACAGCAGCAGCAACAGCAGCAGCAACAGCAGCAGCAGGAGACAUGCGUAUAUAUGCAGGUAGUCUCUCUUUUUAUAUAAUAGAUACACAAGAUAAUAUAAUAAUAGGACAAGGAUAUGUACCCUCUGCUGUAUUAGGGGGAGGGAGACACCCUAUUCGUGUAUUUGGUGAAUUAUACGAUACAACACAACAAAAGGAGACACUUGGGGCCCCCCAUAUAGGGGCCCCUAUAGGGGCCCCCACUGGGUCCCCCACCACUGGGGCCCCCCCCACUUUGGAAGGGGCUCCUAUUUUGGAAGGGUCCCCCACCACCGAGGUGGGGGCUCCCAUUUCGGUGGGGGCCCCUACCCAGGGGGCCCCCACCGAUAUAGGGGCCCCCAGUCAACCGUCUCGGCUAGCUCGAUUGAUAAAUAAUGCCGUAAAUGGGGGGCCCCUUGGGGUAUCAAUUAGAUGGAGGGAAGAUGAACAAAAUGUUCGUCCUUCUUGGUUAGGGGAAUUAUUUAAUUCAUUAAAUGUACAACCUUCUAUCUCCGGGUUGGAGCCCUCAUUAGGUAUAAUAGAGGGUGUCUCCUUUAGGGGACUACGAGUGGAGACAGGAGGAGACACUAAUGACGUAAGAAUAUCUGCUACUGUCUCCGCAUAUAUGCGUAAUCCCUUAGGUAAGGAGGCCCCCCUUCGUUUGCUGCAGGUAGGGGCCCAUGUGUCCCUUUAUUCAGAGGAGACAGAGGAAGGAGAUACAGCAACAACAACAACAACAACAAUAACCAGCAGCAGCAGCAGCAACAGUGAUAACGGCAGCGGGAGCAACAGCAGCAGCAGCAGCAGCAGCAGUGGGGAGGGAAGGAGAACUCGUAGGAGGACACUACUAGGUGUAUUAGAGGUGUCUCCUCGUGCUCCUCUGCAGCAGCAGCAGCAAGGAGACAUACUUGAGGUGUCUAUACAGCUGGAUGGUAAUAAAGAUAUAUUUAUAUUAGCAGAUAAAGGGACAGCAUUUAGUUCCUUUGUUGCUGCACAAAUAAAUAAAGGUCCCUCCUUAUUAACUUAUGUUGCUCGUGUCUCUGCUGCUGUUGUGUCUCCUUUUGGUCUCCUUAAUGUCUCCGAUCUAGAGAUCACAGGCAGCAGCAGUCUCCUUGAUGCAGGCAUAGCUAAGGCCUUAACUACUAGUCCAGCAGCAGCAGCAGCAGCAGCAGCUACGACCAGCAGCAGCAGCAGCAGCAGUGGUGGUACUGCUGGUAGUGGUGUAAGCAUCAGCAGCAGCAGCAGCAGCAGCAGCAGCAGCAGCAGCGGUAAGGGUACAUCGGAUAUGGAGUUUACAGUAGAUUCAAUUCGUUUAGAGGCAGCAAAAGGAGACACAUUAGGGGAGACAGAAGAAGGAGACAAAAAAGGAGACAAUAAAGAAGAAGAAGAAGAAGAAGGAGACACUAGAGGACUUGCAUUAGAUGCUAAGCUGUCUCUGCAGGUACCAUUAGAUCUGUCUAUACACCUCAAGGGUCUCUCCUUCCAAUUAUUCAUAGAACGAAGCAGCAGCAGCAGCAGCAGCAGCAACAGCAGCAGCAGCAGCAGCAGCAGCAAUAACAACCGCCUUCUCCAAUCAACUCCCGUAGAUCUUUCUCCUCAUCAUGAUGAUGAUCAACAACAACAACAACAGCAGCAGCAGCAGCAGCAGCAGCAGCAGCAGGAGGAAGAAGAAGAAAAGAAUAAAUUAAUAUAUUUAGGGGAUUUAUAUGUACCUGAAUUAGAACUAAGAGAAGGAGGAGGAGAAUUGCAUGCAAAAGGAUUAAUAAGACCUAAUAAGGAGGACCUAAUAGAUGUAUCUAUAUUUAUAUCUAAUAUACUAAGAGGAUUGUCUCCUUUUGUUAUAGUUAAGGGAAAAAAUGUCUCCUUUAUAGGUAAUUAUAUUGCUCCUUUAUGGGUCAAGGAGACAAUACUGCGUAUACACCUCAAGGUGUCUCUUCCUCAUCUACAAGGAUUAGCUAACUCAGCAUUUAAUGAUCUAAAGAUGAAGGGACUACAGCUACACCAACUGUCUCCUCAUCAGCUGUCUCCUCAUCAGCUGUCUCCUCACCAGCUGUCUCCUCACCAGCUGUCUCCUCAUCAGGUGUCUCCUCAUCAGGUGUCUCCUUCUCAGGUGUCUCCUCAGGUGUCUCCUGAUGGUGUAUCUGUUAUAAAGGAGAGAGAAGAAGGAGAAGGAGAAGGAGAAGGAGAAGGAGGAGGAGGAGAAGAUAAUAUAAAUAAUAAUAAUAUAAAUAAUAUAAAUAUAAAUAAUAUAAAUAUAAAUAAUGGUGUAUUAUUAGGGGCAACAAUAGAGGCAAAUAUAAAUAGUCCCUUUGGAGACAAUUAUCCCCUUAAGGUACAACAAAUAGGAGUAGAUAUACGUCUUAUAGAGCUCACACAGCAGCAGCAGCAGCAGCAGCAGCAGCAGCAGCAGCAGCAGCAGCAGAAGCAGAAGCAGAAGCAGCAGCAAGGGGAGCAGAAGGAGCAAGGAGAUAUACAACAACAGCAGCAAAAGGAAGGGAAUGAUGAUAAGGAGACAGGAGACAAUGAGGUGUCUCCUUCUUCUUCUGCAGGCAGCACGUCAAGGAGACUGCAAGCAACAGACAAUCAACAGCAGCAGCAGCAGCAGCAGCAGGAGCAGCAGCAGCAGCAGGAGGAAGGCCGUUGCAUAGGCCGCUUAGUAGUUAGUGACCGUGAGGUGCAGCAAGAGGGACAAAGUGUCUCCUUUGUAGUAAAGGAGACACUUAUAUUUGCUGAUGAUGGGACUAGGACUAUUCAAUAA